CUCGUUCUUGAGUGUACUUGUGUUCUUAGACACGUUGAGAGAUAGUAUCUCUCUCGGUUGAUUCAAAGGAAGGAUUGUUUCCUUUGAAGGAUUCGUUGAGCUUUCUACGGUCCUCCCCCGCGCGCACAUGUCAUUCGUAUAUAUAUACGUAUAUCUUCUGUGCUCGAUGAUUGAUUAUGGUGUACGCUGCUGACUAGCAAUUCCGCCUUCCUUUUUAUUUUCUUCUUCCUUUAAUUGUCCUAAUUAUAAGUACAGUAUACAUUAUUCAUAGUCACUAGUCAGUCAGUCGAGAGAGAUAGAAUCCGUGAUAUAUAGGGCAUUACCAGCACCAAUAAAAUCAUUGGAUCAGAAGGAGGAAGAGGAGUUUGGGAUCUGAAGAAGAAAUGGCGGUGGAUCCGAGACAGCUGGUGGCCGGAGUGUUGACUAUCACCAUGUUCGUCAUGCUCGGCAACAUGAUCAAGAGAGACCACUUCGAUCCUGCUCCGGUGAGCAUUCAUGGCACUAGCAAAACCUCAGAACUGUCACUUCCAGGAGGGGAUGGACCUUGGAAAGGUGAUGAUGCAUUCCUUACGCCGUGCUGGAGUAAACCGGUUUUGGAGGAGGAAGGUCAAUCCCAAGGAUAUCUUACCUUCUCAUUGACAAACGGUCCUGAGUAUCACAUCUCACAGAUUUCUGAUGCUGUAGUAGUUGCGAGAUACCUACGUGCAACCCUUGUGCUCCCAGAUGUUCGGGGAAGCGAUCCUGGUGAUAAAAGGGACUUCGAAGAUGUAUACAGUACUGAAAAGUUUUUGAAAAGUCUUGACGGAGUAGUCAAAGUAGUUACAUCUCUGCCGACUGGGAUCUCUGCAAGGAACCUUGCCGUAGUUAAGGUUCCAAGUCGGCCUACUGAAGAAGAAAUUGCAGAAAACAUUGAACCGGUUUUUAGGGAGAAGGGAAACAUAAGGCUUGUGACCUACUUUCCUUCAGUGAAUAUGAAGAAGAGUUCAGAAAAGAAAAACAUAGACUCAAUUGCUUGUCUGGGCAUGUUUGGGACCUUAGAACUUCAACCAGACGUACGCGAAGUAAUUGACUCAAUGGUCGAGAGAUUAAGAACAUUAAGUCAGAAGUCUAUUGGACAAUUCGUCGCGGUGGACCUAAGGGUAGACAUUUUGGAGAAAAGAAGUUGCCAAGAAAGUGGGUCUCCUGGAGCAAAGAGUUGCUACGGUCCACAGGAGAUUGCUGAUUUUUUGACGAAACUCGGGUUUAAGAGGGACACAGUUAUAUAUUUGACUCAAGCCCGGUGGGAUAGUAGCCUUGAUUCAUUGAAGGAGUUCUUCCCGAAAACUUACACCAAGGAAAGCAUAAUGCCUAUUGAUAAAAAGGCAAAGUAUCUGGACGUUGCGGAGUUGGAGAAGGUUAUAGACAUGUACAUAUGCUCAGAGAGCGAUGUGUUUGUACCGGCCAUCUCAGGCUUGUUCUAUGCAAAUGUGGCUGGCAAGAGGAUUGCUUCAGGGAAGACUCAGAUUCUUGUUCCAUCAGAGAAUGUUCCAUCCUUUGCCUCUCACACCAAUUACGUUUCUCACUAUGUCUCGGAGAAGAACCACUUUGCGUAUUCAUGUUUCUGCUAGAGUCAAUUGGUUUGCUGGUGCAACUCACCCCACCCCUGUCAUAAACAAAACAAAGCCCUACGUUUCAUAGGCAGCGGCAAUCAGGUCUGGCUGUACACUUUCCCGUCAAAUAUCUCUCUUUCUUUUUUGUUUUUCUUCUUCUUCAAGUUGUGGAAGAGGAUCAAGAUUGAACAAACCGCUCCCCGGUGCUGCGGAAUGUAA